AUGGAUAGACGCAACCCCUACACUUUGAGCGUGCUCCCUCCCAGUCAUCCAGAAAACGAAGAUGAAUCGAGAGUUGUGAUUCAAGGUCGUCUACGAGAAUUUAUUCUCGCCUUUCAGAUCGACAAUUCAUUCAUCUACAGAGAUCAACUGCGACAGAACGUCCUGAUCAAGCGGUAUCUCUGCGAUGUCGAUAUUGCACACUUGAUUUCAUACAAUGGAGAGCUUGCCCAUAAGCUCACAACAGAGCCUGCAGACAUAAUCCCUUUGUUCGAGAACGCACUUAAACAAUGCACACAGCAUAUCGUCUACCCAUCACAAAGGGACAUCGAGCUCCCCCCUCACCAGCUACUCCUUCAUUCAAGCGCAUCACACACAUCAAUCCGUGACUUGAGCGCUACGAAUCUUUCCCGUCUUGUACGAAUCCCUGGUAUUGUGAUCAGCGCCUCUACAAUAUCUUCCAAAGCCACCGUCGUGAACAUCCAGUGCAGAAACUGCGAACAUCAGGACAAUAUCAGCGUCGACGGUGGCUUUGCUGGCUUGACACUACCUAGACGAUGUGGCCGCAAAACUCAGCCAGGGGAACAGCAAAGCGAGCCUUGCCCGCUAGACCCAUAUGUGAUUGUGCAUGAAAAAUGCCGCUUCGUUGACCAGCAACUCAUUAAGCUGCAAGAAGCUCCGGACCAGGUGCCUGUAGGCGAGCUGCCUCGUCACGUACAAAUAUCCGCAGAUCGAUAUCUUGCAAACCGAGUUGUGCCAGGGUCACGUUGCACGGUCAUGGGUAUCUUUUCGGUCUAUCAAUCCAAGGGUGGCGCAAAAGCUGCAGCAGUAGCCCUCCGUAACCCGUACGUGCGUGCUGUGGGAAUCACGAGUGACAUCGAUCAUACCUCCAAGGGAGCAGCUACCUUUACUGAAGAAGAAGAGCAAGAGUUUUUGGAGAUGAGCCGCCGUCCUGACUUGUAUGAAGCAUUCGCUCGAAGCAUUGCACCUUCGAUUUAUGGUAACUUAGACAUCAAGAAAGCUAUUGCCUGUCUACUUAUGGGCGGUUCCAAGAAAAUUUUGCCUGACGGAAUCAAACUUCGUGGAGAUAUUAAUGUGCUCAUGCUUGGUGACCCCGGUACUGCAAAGUCGCAGCUGCUAAAAUUUGUCGAAAAAGCGUCUCCUAUCGCCAUUUACACUUCAGGAAAGGGUUCAUCAGCUGCCGGUCUUACGGCAUCGGUCCAACGCGAUGCUACUACCCGCGAGUUCUACUUGGAAGGAGGUGCAAUGGUCUUAGCGGACGGUGGUGUCGUUUGUAUUGAUGAGUUCGAUAAGAUGAGAGACGAGGAUCGUGUCGCUAUUCACGAAGCCAUGGAGCAGCAAACGAUUUCGAUUGCGAAAGCCGGUAUCACCACUAUCCUCAACUCGAGAACAUCUGUCCUUGCAGCUGCCAAUCCGAUCUUUGGUCGCUACGAUGAUUUGAAGACUCCCGGAGAGAACAUUGAUUUCCAAACGACUAUCCUGUCACGUUUUGACAUGAUCUUCAUUGUCCGUGAUGACCAUGACCGCGCCCGAGACGAGCGAAUCGCUCGCCACGUGAUGGGAAUUCACAUGGGAGGAAAGGGCGUAGACGAACACACCGAAGCAGAGAUUCCUUUGGAGAAGAUGAAGAGAUACAUUAGCUAUUGCAAAACACGAUGCGCUCCUCAACUGUCUGAAGAAGCAGCCGACAAGCUUUCUUCCCACUUUGUCUCAAUCCGCAAGCAAGUACACCGUGCCGAGCUUGACGCAAACGCCCGCUCAUCUAUUCCAAUCACCGUCCGUCAAUUAGAAGCUAUUAUCCGUAUUACAGAGUCCCUUGCCAAACUCACUUUAUCGCCUGUUGCAACGACAGCUCAUGUUGACGAGGCAAUUCGUUUGUUCCUUGCCUCCACCAUGGAUGCUGUCACUCAAGGUGAAAAUCAGGGCAGCAAAGAGCUCAUGGAAGAAGUCUCCAAAGUUGAAGAUGAAAUCAAACGUCGUCUGCCUAUCGGUUCGACUACAAGCUUGGCUACUUUGCGCCGCUUCGGCCGCCUUCCCUCGAACGACAUGGCCUCGAGCCCGCGGAAGUCGAUUGACAGUCUGGCUUCUGUGGCAUCGACGCCUUCGCUGCAGCAACUCGCUCAGAAUACGUAUGACUCUCCUCGAAUAGCACCCUCGCAGCGAAUACCGCAGCGAAGAUCGUCUACAGCUAGCUCUCUGGUGAGCAUUGGCGGGAUUCUGGAUUCAUCGACUCAUCGUUCUUCUAUCGCAGAGCUAGGUCAAAAUGCCAUCUCGACGCUUUUACAACCUCCCAUCGUCCGUACCGGACUCGUCGCUCAUACGUCCAUACCGGCGACAGGCUACAAACCUCCCACGGCACGGGACAUACCUCCGGUGACGCUGACGAACGUACCGAAUGUCGACUCAAAAGCGUUUCAGCCUUACCUUGAACAGGUCGGUUCUCUGUACGAUGCUUUCCAACGUGCGAAAGAAGAAAGCGGAAACGAUGGAAACGCCUCGAAUCUGGUUAGAAAUAAUGUGACACUGUCUCCAUCAUCUGCACUUUCGCCUAGACCGGAUGAAUUUGACGGUCGAAGGACACCCGUGCUUGAACGGCGUCUGUCGGGUGUAUCGACGAGCUCCCGAGCUAUCUCUCCGUUUGACAUGAGAGGCAGGAGGCGCACAUCGUAUGGUAAAGGUCCGCAGGCAGUGACACCGUUGUCGACAAUACCAAUUGUCUACUUCGAGGAGGACUUCCAUCUCGAGAACCCGCGCACAUUUGACGUUGUGUCUGAAAAGUCCGAAAUCGUGCGGCAGCCCCCCAAACCCACGGCAAGCAAUGGAGCAGCCAUCGAACCCGCCACCAUUGGAAGGAAAGCGCUUGCGACGAAUGCCAUUCUACAGGAAAAACUCUCUUGGUAUAUGGAUACGGUGGAAAUACAUCUGAUAUCUUCAAUCUCUACGGCUUCAAAAUCGUUCUUUACCGCUUUAGGUUCAUUGCGUGAACUGCACGCGGAGGCUGCGGAUUCUGUGAGGAGAAUACAAAUCUUGCGAAAAGACUUGAACAAGAUUGACAAAGACAUGGCAAUGGGAGGACUGAAGGUUGUUAAAUUGCGCCAGCGGCGCCAGAACAUCCGAAAACUAGCCGACGCCAUGAGUCAGCUUCACGAAGUAGUCGAGGCGGUGACUGAGUGCGAAAACAUAAUCGAACAAGGAGACAUCGAGGAUGCCAUUGAUGGACUGGAUGAGGUGAAUUUACUGUUAUCCGGCGAACAGGCAACUAGGCGUCGCAUACAGGGUGUUGCUGAGCAAAGGCCACCGGUCGAUCUCAGAGGACUACAUGCCUUGCAGGGCGUUGAUGAAGAACUCGGACGACUGAGACAACGUAUAGGUGUACGGUACGAAAACAGGUUUCUGGACGAUCUACUCACAGACUUGAGGCGGCAUAUCAGUAGUGUUCCUCAAGAUGCUACGCUACAACGCUGGGGAGCGUCUUUUCAGAGGAACCGGGGUGGGCAUAGAGCAGCACCCUCUAUCUCACCCGCAUAUAUGUCCUUUGAUGCGGAGUUUAGGUCGAAAUUACAUGCCGAGCUGGUAGGCUUAGGCCGGUCACACUAUACGAUGCCCGCAGCUACAUCUUUCAAGACGGCCGUUUUACGGGAGAUGAAAGCGCUUAUACGGAAACACCUUCCCAGCUCUUCUGAUGACGACAAUGAAUCGGUGAUGUCUGCAUCCACGCACGGUGGGCGACAGCUGAGUUCGCAAGAAAAGUCUUCGAUUCUAGCUCGAAAUCUGCGAGCAUUAGAUGCCGAUUCCGCGUAUGACAUGUUGAAGCAGAUUUACACUGGUGUUAGUGAAUCACUGAGAAGGCUGGGCGUUCAGGUCAAAGUGCUUCUGGACAUUACUAGUGGGCUAGGAGCACAGCCCAGUCCAUCUGUUGGUCGAUCAUCGCCACGUAGCCCUGAUCCGCAAAACGCCAGGGGUCCACGUUCGCAAGGAAGUGCAGCCGAAGUGGCCGCUGUUCAAGAGGAGAUUCUCCAGGUCCUCGACAUGUCGAGUCUACUAGGUCAGGCAGUGGAUAUCGUGCAGUCCCAAGUUGUCAAGGUUCUCAAAGUACGGUCUGAGCAGACAUCGCACCUACCCAUCGAAGACUUUUUGAGGUACUUCAGCCUCAAUCGACUCUUUGCCGAUGAAUGUGAGGCAAUAUCUGGACGCAGUGGGACAUCAUUGAAGACGGUAGUCGACAACCAAAUUCGUGAUUUCAUUGUUAGAUUUAGCGACAACCAGCGGCAUCAGAUCGUGGAGGUCAUGGAUGCGGAUAAAUGGGACGCCAGAGAUUUCGGUGACGCGGAGAAUGCCGUACUUGAUCGAAUUCUCCGUGCUAGUACAGCCGACGUGAAUCUGUGGUUGCAAGUUUCGAAGAUUUGGCAGCCUGCAGAAGAGUCACCUGCGCCAACCUCCAAGACUGAGAACGGGGCUGCAGUGAACGGUGAGGCGAAAGAGAAAGAAAAAGUACGACACGCUACCUUUGACGAGCAGCGAUACGUACUGCCUGAAUCUGCAGUCACAAUCAUGAAAAGUAUUGAGGAGUUUGAAUAUCUCAUGGCAAACCUACCCAGUAUGACUCAGGACAUCGGAUCGAAUCUAGUGGAAUGCCUGAAAUUGUUUAACUCGCGCUCUUCGCAGUUGAUUCUCGGUGCGGGCGCUACCAGAAGCGCCGGCCUCAAGAAUAUCAACACCAAACACCUAGCCCUCUCGUCGCAAGCGUUGAGCUUCAUCAUUGCACUUAUUCCAUAUGUUCGGGAAUUCGCUCGCAGACAGUCACCCUCUAGUCAGCUAAUGGGCGAAUUUGACAAAGUGAAACGACUGUGCCAGGAGCAUCAAAACGGCAUCCACGAGAAACUGGUGGAUAUCAUGGGUGGCCGUUCAGCUAGCCAUGUCAAUUCCAUGAAGAAGAUAGACUGGGAUGCCGAAAGGGAGCCCAAGGCAGUUAGUACAUAUAUGGAGACAUUGACGAAGGAGACGGCGACGUUGCAUCGUGUUCUUGUCCGGCAUUUCCCUGAAAUGACUGUAAUUAUGAUUAUGGAGCCGGUCUUUAAGAGUUAUAGGGAUCAGUGGACGAAGGCUUUUCAGGAGGUUAACGUCAAGACAGAGUCUGGACGACAGAGGAUGCUCUCAGACGUCGAAUUCUUCAAAUCGAAAAUGGGCAAGAUUGAGGGAUCCGGCGAUCUGGGCGAUACUCUGAUCCAAGUCGUGAAUGCGAAGACCAUUCUACCUGAGAAGACGAGUGCUGCCGAACCGGCGCAGACAGAAGCAGAGAAUGAAGCGCCGUCCCCACCUGUGCCGGAGAAGGAUGACAAUAAUCAGCAGAGCAAGGAUGAGAAGAACUAA